AUGGACAACAGCGUCCCUGUAGUUAGCAAGAUUUUUUGCUCAGGCACUCCAACAAUGCUGAUGAUCAGGAGGAGACCCGUCGUAGUGAAUGGUGGUGGUUUUGUUGUUACUGACCUAAGCCAUAAUGUUGUUUUCGCUGUAGAUGGUUGUGGAAUACUUGGAUCUAAGGGAGAGCUUAUGAUCAAAGAUGGCGAAGGAGAACCAAUACUGUUCAUUUCUAGAAAGGGAGGAAUUGUUCAGGCUCUAAGCACUUGGAACAAAUGGAAUGGGUACUCAAUGGAUUACCAAGGAAAAGACAAAUUGGUCUUUAGUCUGACUGAUCCUAAAUCAUGCAUAGCAAAAAGUGCUCCAAUUAGAAUUUAUAUUGAACCCAAGAGGCACUGCAAAAAUUGGGACUUUGAAAUCGGUGGAUCUUUUGCAGAUAGAGACUGUACAAUAAUUGAUUGCACUGGAAAAACAGUAGCACAGAUGGGUAGGAAAGAGCUGGUAGGAGGCAAGGACUUCUACCACGUGGAAGUGCAAUCAGGCUAUGACCAGGCUUUCAUCAUUGGGGUGAUGGCAAUUCUUGACAACAUCCAUGGAGAAUCCACUAGAUGCUGA